AUGCCCGCCGCCAGCCUCCUGUUGUUCGCCGCAUCAGCAUCGCAUAUACAAUCUUGGCCCAGAAAUAUGCCCAGGAAAAUGCAGAAGAUAUUCAGCAAGGUCGCCGCGCGGAUCAAGCGGGAGUGCAAGGCAUGCGAGGGCUGCAGGCACAGGGACAGCAAGUCGAAACACUGCGAGGCACCACAUGUGGACAAGAACGCCAUCGGCACCCCAAAACCGCUCGCGGCUCGUAAGGACACGGACACCGCAGACAUCUCGCGCAAGUCAGGUAUUUCCGUCCUAGUCGCUGUCAAAAAUGCGAAUGGGGCGAUCGGCGACAUCAAUGCAAAGACGGCACCGGCAGUUAGGGAGGCUCCUAUGCAGCGCAUUCCUAAGAGCUCUGUGCGCAGCACAGCGGCUAACCAACAGGAGUCCAAGCCCGUUGUCCAUUCUGUCGCUGUGACGGGAGUGUCGCUUCGUACCAAGACUGCUCUCGCAAGAGCUCGCCCUGCCCAUGGUGCACGCUCCGUCUCCAAGCCCGUCAAGAGCAAGAAUGGCUCCAUUGUCGCGGGCAACCCUCGCUUGUUAGAGCCCAAGUCAGACAGUCACCUCCGGGCGAACACCGCCAGUGGGUCGUCGAAGCAUCGUGUCGGAAAUAGCAAGGAAGAGCUCUCGAACAACGAUCGGACAGGCGUGAUUGAAUGUAAGAACGUGGCCGCCUCAGCUCCUCGCCCGCUGCUCCUCACGAAAGGCUCGUCUAUCCCCGUUCUUGCUCGGGCAAGAAAGAGCGGACAACCUCGCGGCAUCCCGGGCCUAGUUCAGCCUGUUGAUGAAGCUCAAGCAUCUGUCGCGCCCGCAGAGGUCACCGCGCCGGACGAGGCAAAGCUUUUUUCAAUGCGGGUGGUCGACGUCGAGGUGCAAGCUACAGGGGAUGGUAAGCCCUUGGUCGCAGCAGAUGCAGUCGUCAAGAAGACAGGCAAGGCGACCACAGCUUGCGCGCUGGUUGCGGUCAAGGAAUCACAGCUCGCAGUCAAGCAGCGCGAGGGUCACGCACAAAAUAUCAUCAAGACGCAGCGUAUCGCGUGUGCAAAAUCGGCCAUAGACAUUACUGUCAAGCGUCCUCGGCUCGAAGUACACACGCAAAGAGAUAACAAAACCAAAAUUAAAGGGAGAAGGGGAGUCGAGGAACACCUUUGUGGUCCACAGUUUAGUAACAAUGAAGAGGAUGCAACUGCAAACGCGCUCAACUUGAGCUCCGACAGCACACCGGAUGAGAGUGCAUUUGUAACGAGCGAGCGUGGCGGCUCACGUUCCGCUGCACCGUCGGAGGACCUCACGCUCGUUGGCCCCGAACUGUCUCUCGCAAUUGCGAUACACUCCGGUACGAAGACUGCCUUUCCGCGUGCGCCAAGCACCUCCGAGUGUGUGCGCAAAAUCGUCGGCCUUAUUCUAUCCUUGUCUGUCAUCAAGAGAACGGCGCCAGAGCCAAUUCAGAUCGCUAAGCCUUCUAAGCCUCACUUUGUCUUCCCCGCCCUCCCAGUCAAUGCGGAUGGUGUUCCCAUUCUUACGGCGCGCAUCCGCGAGGACAUCGCGAAGAUCGUGCAGAUGGAGACGGACAUCAUCGAAAAGCGUCGUGCUGCGUUGAACCAACUCGAGCACUUCUUGAUACAGCGCGAGAAGAUUGGAGGAAGCGGCACCGACGAGUGGCAGGACCAGGAAGUCGGGGAGAUCAACUCCCCGCGUUUAUCUGGUUGUGAGCAGUUCUGGUCUAACAACCUGGACGCCGAGGAGCCUUGGCACACGUACAUUGGCAACAUUCUCUCGACGAUUCGCCAAAUUCCUACUCCCGCUGCCGAUCCCGUCAUGGUUCCAGCGUCAGCUUCCGUUCCUGCCCUUACCUCUGUUAAGCUUGUGUCUGUCCAAAAGGAUACGGUACAACCUGCCCGGACGGAGGGUCUGGUCAUCAGCGAGCCAGCGGUGAACUCUGCCCUGGUCGAUGAGCUGGCUUCAGUGGAUAAUGACGAGGACGGCGACGACAUGCACAAGCUGCUCUGCAACCUGAGCAAAGAGGCACAACAGAAGGCAUUGACGCUGCAGAAAAAACUGAAGACAAUGCGCGAGGAAGAGCGCAGCGGCCGGCAGGUUGAGCGCAAGGACGGUGGUGAGGGUAUCGCACGUCAGCGCCUCCUGCCUUAUAAGAAGGUCGGAGGGGACGAUGCGCCUAGCGUCCACAACGCAGUGCAACACAUACAGCUCCACCAAUACGGAGCUCCCGCUGCCGAUCCUUCCAAUGUUGCACCAGGAUUGACUAUGUGCGGGUCUGCCAGUAGGGGUAAGGUCAGACAACUAGCGGUGGAAGCGGAGGUGAGGCCAUUGCAGCCUUCCGCUGUGGAUAAGAAGCGUGCGGUGUAUGAGGCCUGGCUCACAAAGCGUGCAUACGAGAAGCUCAUCAAGGUGGACAAGCAACAGGCCUCUUCGAUGCCGCGCAAACCCGAACAGAGGACCUUGGCGAUUCCAGGGGCUUCCCAUAUUGCCGAGCGACUUUCCUCUUCAGAGCGCGAGCCUAUACAGGUUCCGUCCAUGCCGGGUACGAAGGCGACGAGCGCAGCUUGGACAAUAAGCAACACGCCGACGCCUAGUGUACCUCCAACGCCUGUCAAGCAAACAAUUCAGAUUACCCCAAUAAGUACUGCAACGCCCAGCGCGCCGAAUGCCAACAGCGCGACUCCGGGCAAGGUGGUCGCGAGUCCGACGAAGCCACCCGUCCAUAAGCCAUGGGGUCCGUGUGUUGACCGAGCUCGCGCUGCGAUGACAGCCAAAGAGAGCCUGCAAGCGGACGUGUCUGGAAAGCAGGAAGCUCGUAAGAAAGCCCCUGACGCUGAUUCUUUCGCAACGCGAGGCCUACAGUUCCGAGCACCGUUGCGUCCAAUCACAAACAUCCUUGGAGCAUCUGCGAACGAUCAACGUCUCUUCUCUUGA